AGAAGGACAGUGAAGAUGAAAAGAAACAUGAAAAGCUCCUCAAGGAGAUCAGAUCCUUAUCUUCCAGUGGGAAAAAGAGGUAUAUGAAGGGUAACCCUCCAACUCUCAGAAGUGAUUAUCAUGUAACUUCUCCCCUAUAAUAUUCAUUCAUUGUCUGGCAAACAGGUAAUGAGAAUACUCAAACUUAUCAAGAAGAAGUUUGUAUCUUGAUCUAACACCAAAUUCUUACAACCUAUUUACUAGGAAAUGCAUAGCAACUAGAGGGGAGAAUUAACAAUCAGAUCUCAAAGGGUUAAUUGUUUCAAAAAGUAAACUAUUUUAGGUUCUCCUCUGGCAAAAUGGGUCGUUGCUCCUUGUCCUACUCGUAGCCCAUAUAAAAGUAAGGAAAGAAACCCUCUCAGUUUGCACUGAACUUACACUGUAAACAUUUUGGUGAUGCAAGAAACAAAGAGUCACCGUGACUGACAUAAAUCUGAAACUUCUGUAAAUAUAGAACCUUGGGAAGAGAGGGGAAUGAGAGGGCCUGAAAAUGAAGUCAUCCUAUAGUCAGAUUGUGUGCAUUUAUAGAUAUUUCACUUACUAAUAAAUGAGCCUUCUAGAUUUGGUAGCUGGUUCUGGUAGAGAAGUACACCAAAGGGAUUGACCAGACAGAGUGCUUAAACCAUAAAUUUGUUUCAUUUCAUUAUACAGUUUUGUUGCAUGCUCCAGGUACCUCAAAUAUCUAAUCUUUCACUUUAAUAUAUACAUGAUUGUAUGUCUUGACUGACUUAGGGUUGCAUCACAACGAUCAGAGCCACAUAAACAGGUGUCAGAGUUUCAUCUCAGUUCUGUUCAAGGUAAUUAUGAAUAUUGACCAUUACAAAGAAUUUUUCCAGUGCUCUCUUUCCUGAUCACCAAGAGUUUUCACUAGUUUUAAGAAAAUAGUGAUUUCCUUUUCUUUAAGAAGGCGACAAGUGCUCAUAAACUCAGAGUUAAUUGUGAUUGUUUGCGUUGUUGUUUGAGUAUCAUUGACAGAUACAAUGCAACUUGUUUUUUUUCUUCUAAGAUGGCACACAACAAGUUGAUCUGAAUGAUCUUAUUGGGUCCUUGAACAACACAAAUGAGUAUGGAAGUCUCAAGAAAAAGUUGGUGAGAAAAUUGUUCAAAAUUUUUUUAGAAUUCCCACAGCUCCUGUAGUUGGAUGUUAGUGCAGUGGUUUGAUGCAUCACUUGUUUCUCCUUUACUUUAGGACAGUAUGCAGAGGAAUUCAAAUAUCCUUGAUGUUCCUCUGCCAAAACCAGAAGUACAGAAAGUAAGUAAAAUGUCAAAUCUUCUCAUCAGGUGGAAACUAAAAGUUUGUCUUAAUCUGGAAAUCAGUUUUCAAAUAGAACAAAAAGAUAUAUGUUCACACUAAUCAGACAGUCAGAGCAGAGUGUGUCUUUGAUGUAUAAAUUAAGGUGACAAUUAAACAGUAAUUUUCUUUUCUUUUUUUUUUUAGAUUCAGCGCACAAUAGCGUAUGGAGAAACCAAAAAAGAUAUUGAAAAAUGGGCGCCCACUGUGAAAAAGAAUAGAGAGGUACAUAACUUAAGUUUGAGUCAUAAUUUCAUCCAUUCAUAGAAUUUCUACAAUCAUAAUCUAAUGGAGGGUUAUUUGAAUCUUGUCAUUAGGCUGAACAUUUAUCAUUUCCACUGAAACCAUACACACCACCUGUACUGUCACUGAGUGGAUUGGCGGUGAAGUUCAAGGUAAUUGUGAUAUGCGGUGUCACAUUUUUAUGUUCUGUUCAGCUGUUGGGGUUUUCAUUCUUAUUCUGAAACCAUAGAUCACUAUCAUAAGGGCUUUGAGUUGAGUAGAUUCACCAAGAUUGUUUCUAAGCAAUUAUGUGUAUUAAAGUGUAGUUUGUCACAGUUAGGUAUUGUAUUUCAUAUCUUCCUGUUUUAUUAUCAAAUUACAACACUAUCUUUGGCAAAGAUGGGCCCAUGCAGUAUUUACUACUUGUUGCACUUUUGUUGUCAGGUGUGGCAUAAGGGCAGCCACCCCUUUUUACAAAGGGUAGCUCCCCUUGUGCCUCAUGUGGCAACAGUGAUGUCAUUUUGGAAGGAGAUGGCAAAGGGUAAAAGUUGUCUCAAUUUAAUUGCAUAAUUAAGACAUAAUAUGAGGUAGCUCCAAGGAGCCUUUUAAACAGGACACUGCUGUAUGCAAGUACACUGCAAGCUUUAUUUUUUUUCUUAUUUGCUAAUUAGAGUUAGAAAGGCAUUCUUUGAGUGGGGGGCUGGGAAGAUUUUUUUUAUUUUUUUGGCCCUACCCUUUUACAGAAGGGUACAAGUAACUUCUGAUAUAGCAUGUUGGCUCAAUGUCAAAGAUGAUCGUAAUUGAACUGACCCACAAGGAGAGUAGAAAAGGAUAGUCAAGAUUAGAUUAGAAUAGAGUGUUGCUUGAUUGGAUAUCUGGUUAUUGUGGCAGAAAAGACCAUGACUGAGAUUUUUCGACAAAUUAAGUAACAAAGAUUCUAGUUGUUGUCAAAAUUUCUGGUAGCCUUCUGUUUUGCCCAUUUUAGUCAAGACAGUCAAAUUGUAAAAAAAGGUUCAUAAGGGUCAAUAAAGUAAGGUAGAUCCUAAGGCAUCAUGUGCUCAAUAAUUGCUCCUUCCCCCAUGCUAGUCUGUAGCAAGUUCCCUCUCAGCUUUGCGUCUAGUUUCUGUUCAGAUUACUAGUCUACUUUCUGUUCAGAUUACUAGUCUAGUUUCUGUUCAGACAACUACAUUCAUUUUUAUGCAUUUAUUGGAGUGGGAGUGCUUUUUCGAAUGAGAGUGCUUGCUUAAUAGAAAUGCUUUGUUAUUGAGGGGGUGCUUAUUAGAGAGGGAAUGUUUAUUGGAAGGAGGGUGCUACGUGAUAUCAUUACAGUAAUCGGUGAGAUUUUUGAGUCUUUAUCAAACUCGUUAUUAAAAAAAAAUUAAAUUUAAAGAAUGCUAUUUUGAAUGAGCUUUUAAGCAAGGUAAUAAAUACUAAUUUUUCUAUGGGUUCUUUGUUCUAAAUUAUUAUUCAGCCUCGCACUCCCCUGGAGGAAGAAGUUGCUGCAGUUCUGAGGGGGAGCAGUCAUGUUCUUGAGCGAAGGAACAAGGAGCUGACAGAAGAAGAAGAGAAAGCAUUACUUGGCAUGGAUUUAGAGGAGGUAAGGCAGAAUGAUACAAUUACUAGAACAUUACUAGAACCAAGACAGAAUUUCUCCUUGAGACAAUUUUUUCCCAGAGAAAAACUAGAUAUGACACAAUCAAGACAGUUACUGCCUAGUUGCAAAUAGAGGCUUUACUUACUGUUUAAGGCAAAACAUCUGACAUCUCAAAUUUGGGCAGUUUGGAGUGAUACUUGACAUGCUGCCAAAUUAUAUCUUUUUCAGGCAAAGGAGAGAAGACAUGAAUUACAGAAGCUACGAGCACUGCAGUCUUAUUAUGAAGCAAAGUGUCGUAGGAUGAAGAAAAUCAAAAGCAAAAAGUAGGUUUCUUUUUUUGAGAUUUAUUAGAACUCUUAUUUGCCUAAUCUACUUCCUUCUCAGUUUUUUGAAUUGAAUAUUAUAUUUCAUGUUAACAGUAGAUAUCAUUGGGUAAAACAACAUUGAAAAAAGUAAUUUUUAUUUUAAAAAAAACAAAACCCAACAAACCCAAAAAAAAAAAAAGAGAUAACCUUUAAGUGGUGUAGUAGUUUGUGUGCUAGUUUGCAGCAAUUCUUUAGAAUGUCAAUAAUGGUCCUCCUCAACCUUCAACCCCUAAGAGUGAUGAGCAUCUAAUUUCUCUGUACAAUAUCACCACUGAAUUAUACUUUAAGGUCUUGAGAAUAAAGGAAAUGAUCACCAGCUAGAGAUAGCCUGAUUGUUAAACAAAUUCUCCUUGUCAGCACUGCAGAAAAUGUUUAGGGAGUAGUAUGGAGAAUAUGCAUACUAUGUGUUAAAGGUUGAGGAAGAUUGGUUGUAUAUAAGCAAAAAGUAGGUUUCUUAUUGAGAGAUUUAUUAUAACUCUUACUUGCUUAAAGAGCUAUCUACUUCCCUAUCAGCAGAGCUGACAGUUUACAUGACAACAGUGUAAUAUGUGGUGCUGAGUUCUAUUUCGAUAAGAAUCAAUGUUUAUAGCAUCCAGCAAAGAUAACCCAGCAAUGACAUAGAAGGCAGAGUUUAUCUUGGUUCCUCAACAUGAAGCAAUUAGGAGUAUUACUAACUCUGCAUAGGAUACCAUAAUUGUUCAUUGGUUAGCAGUUUUGUGAAUUGAAUGUUAUAUUUUGUGUUAAUGAUAGAUAUCAUCGGGUAAAACGGAAAGCUGAGAAACGUGCAGCUGAAAAAAAAGCUGAAGAAGAUCCUCAGGCAGAAGAUGAUAAAGACGCUUUGGAAAAAGUUGAAAAACUAAGAGCUGAGGUGAUCAUUUUCCUUCUGUUCCAGUGUUUGUUAAGUUCCCUACACUGUGACUUACUGACAUGCAAUGUGUCCGCACAAUUUUGAUUAAUUAGAUUGGCUAUACUUAUUAGUCAGGGGUAGCUGAUCUGAUACCAAAUUUUCUGAAGUUAUUUACAAGGAAAUGUUUAGCAACUGGAAGGAAGAAAAACUAAUCAAUUCUUGUAUUCUUAGGAACGUAUGUCACUCAAACAUCGGAAUACUUCAAAGUGGGCCAAGCACCUCAUAACUAAAGCAGGAAAGAAUGCAGAUGUAAGUUUUUUGGUCCAGGUUUAUUAAUGUUUCCAUCGUUAAUCUUCAUACUUUCCAGUUCUUCAUUUUCAAGCAAACUUUGUGAACCUCUCCUAACUGUUUUUUUUUUCAAUUAUUUUGGUUAUCAGGCUAAGAAAUUACUGCAAGAACAACUACGUAUCAGCCGAAACUUGACACAGAAAGCUGCAGAGUCAGAAAGUGAUGAAGAAAUGGAGGCACCAAUGCAAGAGCCAGGUUUGGAAGAUAAUGAAGAGGAAUCAGACAGUUAUGGAAAUCUUGUUACUUCUGAGGACAAUCCAUGGAAGCUUGACACAAGUGGGGCAGGAUUUCAUUCAUUAGAAACUUCAAACAACGUCGACAAUGGUAAUUUUUAUUUAAGAAAAAAAACAAACAAACAAAAAAAGAGAUAACCUCUAAUUGAUGUAGUAGUUUGUGUGCUAGUUUGCAGCAGUUCUUCAGAAUGUCAAUAAUGCUCCUCCUCGACUCUUCAACCCCUAAGAGUGAUAAGCAUCUAAUUUCUCUGUACAAUAUCACCCCCAAAUUACACUUUAAGGUCUUGAGAAUAAAGGAAAUGAUCACCAGCCAGAGAUAGCCUGAUUGAUUAAACAAAUUCUCCUUGUCAGCACUGCAGAAAAUGUGUAGGAAGUAGUAUGGAGAAUAUGCAUACUAAUGUGUUAAGGGUUGAGGAACACUGGUUGUAUAUGAGGCAAUAGUAAGAGUAUUCCUAAUAGUUUUAAACCUUUGACUCCUCUGACGUAGUUCUUAUUAAAGCUUUCUUGCGCUGUCAAGCAAACAAAGAAUAACACAUUUAAUAGUCCUUUCAUCCUACCCUGAUAUAACACGAAUUCUCAAGAUUGGGCAACAGAGAAGUGUGUCAUUGUAGGCGAGAAAAAUAUAUGGCCAGCCUUUGAAGUACUCUAUUCAUGUGUUACUGUGUUUAGCAUAGAAAAUUUUGAAUACGUUAUGUUUGAUUACAGCGGAAGAAGAACAGUACAUAAAAUUUUAAGCUAACUCAUCAAGAAGAAUUAGUCCAAACUUUUGCUUUUAACAUAGCUCAGAAAAUGGGAAUUUUGUAUAAGCACAUUACUUUUGCCCGAUGAGUUUACUCGAUACGUUAAGAAGAAUGUUAAAUUACCUUUUUCAGAUUCUUCUAUCAAGCUCCACCGGCUUCAGCCAAUCAGAACACAGGAGGCAGAUAAUGAGGAUGAGGAAGAUUCAGAGCAACUUGAUGUUCAUGAGAGGGAGACUGAGGAAGAGUUUGAAUUACAACCGGUCAGUGUCACUCAGAGAUCCACAAAGAAAACAAAGAAACAACACUUUGAAGAGGCGAAAAUCAGAAAAAAGCGGAAACCCAAAGACACUGGGGACGAAGUGACCGUAAAAAAGAAAAAACAAUCUGAGAAGUCGAAAAGAAACUCUAAACAUAUUCUUAAUGAAGCGAAAAAGAGUCGUUCUAAAACUCAACACGAGAUAAAGAUGGUUAAUAUCUCUGAGGAUACGAAAGAUGAUGGAACAGGCAGCACUGGUCAGAGAAAUUCCUUUACGAAUGGAAAACGUGCUGGAAACGAUGCAAGUGCUGAAACAGUGAACUCAAAAUCAAAAGAAAUUCGUGUGGACCCGACAAAAAUUUUUAGAAUCGAGGAUCAAGGAAAUGUUGGCAAGGAUAUUGAGAGUGAUUCCCUUCAACAGAAGCGAAUCGAUAUUCAGCAAGCGUUCGCCAAUGAUGAUGUUGUAGAAGAGUUUAUUCAGGAAAAGAAGGAGAUAGAGGAGGCUUCCACACCAAAAGAUGUAGACCUGAGUCUGCCUGGUUGGGGAAGCUGGGCUGGGGCAGGUAUAAAACCAUCUGUGAAAAAAAAGGAGAAGUUUAUCAAGAAAGCCGACCCAGCCCCUCCCCGGAAGGACAAGAAUUUGGCGCACGUGAUUAUUAAUGAAGAGAAGAGCCAGUUGUUCAGUAGGAAUCAGGUAAGGCUCGAUUUUAGGGAAGUUUUCAAUUGGGAAGGGGGGGGGGGGGCGUCGAAGUAAUUAGCGAUUAAGUUGGUCCCUAGAGCGAUUUUCAUUGGAGUGUUGAAAGUAAUCGGAGGUUGGUCAGAUGUAUGACCAAAACCAAUCACGACUUUGUCGCCUGCGCUUUAGGCAGUUUGGUUGUCAUUAACGAAAGUUCUUAUUAGUUUUUCAAAGUAUUCCUUUCUUCUGAUUCGUCGUCGUCAUGUCUUUAUUCACCCAUUGAUUUGUUCAAAAAACUCCCGCCAUCUUCUCAACUAACUUGGUCACUCGCGUUUUCCCGCGUCUCAGGCAGUUUCACUUUACUUUGAUAUCCCUUUGGCUCCUCGAUGAGAUGUUAACUGCUAGUCGGAUCGCAAGUCUUGGGCCCUCCUCCUUCUUUCUUCCAGAAUUUCUUAUAGGCAGUUAGGAAGUGACAUCUCAAAUCCCUUUUACUCUCUUUCAGGUUUCCUCGGUUCCCCAUCCUUACGGAAACCAUGUACAGUUUGAAAGGAGCGUGCGGAAUCCUGUGGGUAAGCACUGGAACACAAGCACAACUUUCAAUCAACUGACAAAACCACGUGUGUCGACUCUCAUUGGCACGAUUAUAGAGCCCAUGAAAGCGACUAAAGAAAUCAAGCGGAGCCAUCCGGAAGACAGGAAAAACAAGAAGUUGAAAGGAACCUCAGGAAUUGCAAUGCACAGCUGACAAAGAGAACUGUGUUGACUGAUAACGUACAUAUUAAGAUACGGAAAUAAAUAAAUAAAUUAAUGAACAACAGGC